CCCUCCGUGGCCUCUGAGGGGAUUCCCGCCGACACAGCUCGGUCUCGCCGCCGGGAGGAGGCGACCGUGCUGAGGCGGGUGUCCCCGCCGCUGUCGGUGUCUCUGAGCGGCGGCCGAUGGACAGAUACGUGGUUAAACGCCCCCCCGGUGAGGCGGGGGGCGGCGGGAAGAGGCCGCGGCCAGCGGAGCCCGCCCCGGGGCAGCCCCCCUGGCAGGAGAUCCGCGCCGAGGGCCUCAGCUGCGACUACCGCCUCCUCUUCGGCAAGGCCGAGGCUGACGAGAUCUUUCAGCGGCUGGAGGAGGAGGUGGAAUACUUCGAAGGUGAAAUGACGAAAUUGCAUGUGUUUGGCAAAUGGCAUCACAUUCCAAGGAAGCAGGUAACCUAUGGAGAUCCUGAGUUAACAUACGCUUAUUCAGGCGUUACCUUUUCUCCUAAGCCAUGGAUACCAGUUCUCAACCGUAUCAGAGACCGCAUCGCUUUGGACACAGGACACACUUUUAAUUUUGUUCUCAUUAACAGAUAUAAAGAUGGUGGGGACCACAUAGGUGAACAUCGAGAUGAUGAGAGGGAACUGGUUCCACGCAGUCCUAUUGCCUCUGUGUCCUUUGGAGCUUGCAGGGACUUUGUUUUCAGGCACUGUGAUUCCAGAGGGAAAAACGCAACGCGCCACAUCAAGCCCAUCAAACUGCAGCUGGCCCACGGCAGCCUGCUGAUGAUGAAGUACCCCACCAACGUGUAUUGGUACCACAGCCUGCCCAUCCGCAAGAGAGUACUUGCCCCAAGAAUCAACCUCACGUUUCGGAAAGUGAUGGCUAUAGCCAAGAAGUGAAUUAUACAGCAAUCAAGCACCUUUUGACUCUGAAAACAGGAGCUUUCUUCCCCAACAUAACUGUCAAAUUCUCACUCAAACACUGUCUUUGAUGAUCCAAGGAACCAGAUGAGCAAAUUAAACUAGGAGAGGAGAUAGUCUACUUGGUAACUUGCUAAUAAAGACUGCAACUACUGAUUUUAAA